GUUGACAGGUGUCGCAUAUCAAAUCAUCUGCCAGUGCAUGUAACUAACCGUUAAGUGUUUUAUCUAACUUUAUUGCUGAUAACGUUGAAUUCAAUGUUUGUAUAGCAUUGACAUCCAUACAUGUACUUCCAUCAUUGAAAUUAACAAGUACAUACGUAGCAGUAAUUCUUCACCAUUAACAAACGAUCCAUCCAAAAAAGAAAGAGGAACAAAACGACAACGCCAUUCGAUUCGAUUAAUUCAAUUCAUAUCUACCUCCUCAACCCUAACAUUCAUACCGUCUUCACACUUGUCAACAUCGUCACAAUGUCUCCCGAACUUGACCUCGAAACUUUUACUAUGCUGCCCUUGCAGAUAGAUCCUCAGAGCAAAGCGCUAUCAACCACCACGAAUUCCCGCGCCCUACAGGCUGAGCUAGCUGCGAUCAAUGCGUUGCAUCGCUCGCUCCUUACCCUCGAGACUCCCAACCAGGUGCCACCUCCCCCCUUGCCCGUCAACCCGAAGCGCUCCGCCAACGUCACCAAACUGCGCGACAGCGGCAACGCCGAAUACCGCAAGGGAAAACAUGCCGACGCCGUCAAAUUUUAUAGUCUGGGACUGCAAAUGGCUAUGACCCGUCCCCUGUGGGAGCCACAGCAGCUCGUUCGCGAAGAGGUAGCUGCUCUCUACGCCAAUCGCGCCCAGGCGCACAUGGCCUUGCAGAACUGGGCUGAGGGCGCUACUGAUGCCGAGGCCAGUGUCGAGGCCAAGCGUGUCGGCAACUCUAAGGCCUGGUGGAGACGUGGGAAGUGCCUGAUGGAGAUGAGCCGGCUGGCUGAGGCGAAGGAGUGGGUUAGCAAAGGUUUGGAGAUGGAGGGUGACGAGGCUGAGUUGGCUGCUCUGUUGAGGGAUAUCAACGCAAGCUUGGCGGCAAAGAGUUCAUAAAAUAUCCAUCGGUGCGCUUGUGUCGCUUGAUUAAAUGCCCCCAUCCCUGGCUAUGCAGGAGGUACCUACACACAUAACACAUAUUUGCAUGGCGUCUAGGGAGUUGGCUGGUAAGCCAUUGGUAUGCAUGGUAGACUGUCGUCCGGGUUCUUCUAGCUGGCUGGCUAUAUACUUGGGCAUCAAGGCCCAAUUAUAGGUCGAUUUGAGUAAAUUGCCUGUGGAAAUGACGAAACA